AUGGAUAUGGGUAGAUGUUUUUUAUCAGAAGCAAAGGUAGAAAGAAAAUAUUGGGCAGAAGUAAUUAAAACAGCUGCUUAUCUUAAGAACAGAACUUUGACUAAUACUAUUGAGAGGAAAACGCCGUAUGAAAUAUUUUUUAAAAGAAAGCCAUCAGUCCAAAAUUUGAAAUUGUAUGGAAGUAGAGUUUUUGUAAGAAUUCUCGAAGAACAGAGAAGGUCUAAAUGGGAUAAGAAAGCAGAAGUUGGAAUUUUACUUGGUUAUACUGAUACCUGA